AGCAGGAGGAGGGGGGAGGAAAAAAAAAAAAAGAUCCUAGAAAUCCAAAAAGGCUCAUCUGGGAAGGAGAAAGAGGAGACCGAGAGGAAGCGGGAUGCAACUCAACCUGACGCUGAUCUGCUUCGUCUUCGGGGGGUUCCUGCCCGACGCCGCGGCCCGGCGGGAGCAGAUGGACACGGGGCAGUGCGACCUGCCCCGCUCGCAAGGAGAGCUCAACUCCUUCCUCUGGACCAUUCGCCGUGACCCCCCCGCUUAUCUCUUCGGCACCAUCCACGUGCCCUACACGCGAGUUUGGGACUUCAUCCCUGACAACUCCAAGGCCGCCUUCCACUCCAGCUCCAGCGUCUACUUCGAGCUGGACCUCACGGACCCCUACACCAUCUCGGGGCUGGCCAGCUGCCAGAUGCUGCCCCACGGGGAGAACCUGCAGGACGUGCUGCCCCGGGAGCUGUACCGCCGCCUCAAACGCCACCUGGACUACAUCAAGCUGAUGCUGCCCCACUGGAUGACCCCGGACCAGCGGGGCAAAGGGCUCUAUGCCGACUACCUCUUCAACGCCAUCGCCGGGAACUGGGAGCGCAAGAGGCCCGUCUGGGUGAUGCUCAUGGUGAACUCCUUGACGGAGACGGACAUCCGCUCCAGAGGGGUCCCGGUGCUCGAUCUCUACCUCGCCCAGGAGGCCGAGAGGAUGAAGAAGAAGACGGGUGCGGUGGAGCGGGUGGAGGAGCAGUGUCACCCGCUGAAUGGGCUCAACUUCUCCCAGGUGCUGUUUGCUCUAAACCAGACUCUGCUCCAACACGAAAGCCUUCGAGCAGGGAGUUUGCAGGCCCCUUACACCACUGAGGAUCUCAUCAAGCACUACAACUGUGGAGACCUGAAUGCUGUGAUAUUCAACCAUGACACUUCUCAGGUGCCAAACUUCAUCAACACAACACUCCCACCCCACGAGCAGGUGACAGCUCAGGAAAUAGACAGCUACUUCAGACAGGAGCUCAUCUACAAGAGGAAUGAGAGGAUGGGGAGAAGAGUGAUGUCACUUUUAAGGGAGAACAGAGACAAGAGCUUCUUCUUUGCCUUUGGAGCAGGUCACUUCCUGGGUAACAACACUGUGAUUGAUGUACUGAGACAAGCAGGAUUUGAAGUGGAGCACACCCCUCCUGGACAACCAAUUGGAAAUUCAAGGACGACAAAGACAAGCCCAGCCUUGGAGGGACUCUCAGUGACGGCCUUGCCCCCUGUCCAGCUUUCUGAGCAGGUCCCACUGGCAUCUCCUUCCCUGAAGCCACAGCAGAUGGAUGAAGAAGACAGCCUGUCUCCUCACCUCUUGUUGCCCGACAGCAUCAGCCAGCUGGAGGAGUUUGGCAGGCAGAAGAAAUGGCACAAGAAGCAGCACAAGCACCAUCGCCAGAGGCAGUUCAAUGACCUCUGGGUUCGGAUAGAAGACAGCACCACCACGUUGCCUUCCUAUAUCAGGAUAACCAAUGGCUACAUCACAGUCAAACCUCCCAUCUGGAUUUCCAACCAGCUGGAUCAGAGGCCGCGUCCCGAGCGCCCAUCCCAGCCCCAGCCCACGAGCUCAGCCCCAGCCAGCCUUCCAUGGCCAUCAGUAACAUUUCCUCUCUGCAUGGCCAUAGCUUCUUUUCUCCUGAGCCUACUGCAGCCCUCCUGACCACAUUGUAUUACAUGCAAUCCCUUGGAAUAGAGAGAUAAUUUAUGAACAAAUUGGAGUUUAAGACAACAGUUGCAAGCUGGACCUUCUCAGUGACUCAGUAGUGCCUUCUAGCUGAUUUUGUCUCUUUGCCCAGAUACAUUUUGAAACUCUAAAGCUUUAUUGUAACACUGACUUACAUCUUCUUUUUGUAGAAGGAUCUUUAUUUCCCAUAGUGCUAUGGGGUUUUGUAAAAUAUACAUGUUCAUAUAAAGAAAAAAAAAAGAAAAAGAAAAAUGUAUUUAUUCGACUGGUAAACUUAUUUUUCUUGUUGUAUAUGUUAAUAACAUCCCUAUUAAUCAGUAGCGAUGGUGAAACAGAUAAAUUAAUAUUAUCUAUAUUUGUUUUCUGACAACUCUGCAAAUGUCUGAACUGACACCAAAUGAAUGCUGUCUUUGUUUCUUUAACCAUUACAUUUUACAGCAACUGUCCAAUAAGUACAUUUCUGCUGAAGUUUUUUAUUUUACUUCAUCUCAUUAGCAUAUCUUACACUGAAUAAAGCAGAUCCUGCUCUCUGGGGCCUGUGCCCUUUAGAAAAAUAAAUUCAUUCUUAACUCCUCAGCUGCCACAGUCUGAAAUACCAGUUAUUUUUACAUGACUUAGUCAUUAUUCAGGAUAAUCCUCUACAUUCCCCCUGUUUGCUUUAACUAAACUAUUUAACUCCUUCAGAAAUUACCAGUUUCCUCCUUUGCCCUGAAAUUUAUUCACCAGCUAACACAUAUUAAAAGACCCUUUUCUUAAUAAAAAAUUGCUUUUAAAGUCUGGAAUAAUCCUACUUGGAAUUAUUUUCUUCUCUCCCUCAUUUUAUAUAAGACUAGAACCUUUUCAAGCACAAAUGAGAAGAGAGCUUGGUCUGUCUGUAGAUUAUAAAGAUGUAGUGUCCUGUUAAUCUAUAGAACUCCUUUGUACCAGUUGUAUUAAUGCCCAUGGAUAACCUGAAGGCAAAAAACAUCUACAAAUUCCUCUUUCUCUUGCUACCAUGAGCUGACAGAGCUGACAUCUCUGUGCUAAAAUAAUUAUGUCUUAUCCAAAAUCUGCUCAACAGGAAUCAAACUAACCCCCAUGCUAUGGAGACAUGCAGAACAUUCUUCCAUUUCUAAACUAUGGUACCUGACUCAGAUGGAAAAGUGCUUCUUCAGUUUGGAAAAAAGAUAAUGAUGAUAGUUAUAACAAUGUCACUGGUAAAAUUCUGUCUGAAAACAACCCUGUAAGUUUCCCAGAAGCCCUACAGCCUGGUCUCUGGAGCUGCAGAUGAUUCCAUGCAAUCUGCAAGAUCUUCAGUGAGAGAGAGUUCAGAAUUCACAGUUUGCUUGUUGUCAUACCAGUUAUUUCAUGAUAUAAGUAAGUUAGAAAGUAACUAGACUACAAAAAUCACAGGAUUUCAUGAUGAAAUACUGAGCAUUUCUAUCAUGCAUCCCAGCCCAUUGCCUUGCAAAGGCCAGGGAUAAUACAGGUAAUUUUUUUCUAACUUACUGGACACCAUGAUCCCCAGCCUUUCCUCUAUUUCUGACAGCAGGUUGUGCAGGUUUCUGGGCAAUUUAAGUGGGUAAUAGCACAGAGUGCUAUUAGCUUCCCCCAGCAGUUGAUAAGGCUGAAUGGAAAACUUUGAGCUUUGCCCCAAAUGUGAGAUUCAAACAGACCCUGUGCAUACUUUCAUAUUGUGUAUUUUGGCUAGCAGAAGAUUAGAGAUGUUAGUUUUGGACAGAAGCCAUUCACCUUGCAUAAUAUUUAUUGCACAGAGAUGGAUAUUGAAAACAUAUUUUGAGAACUUUCAUUUUGGUUUUAUUUGAGCUAUUACUCUAGAAAUGCCUUCAUUUGAAUAUUAUGGUUUAAAAGACCUUCAAAUUUAACAGUAAUGCAUUUUAAAAAGAUUAUUGGUUCUCCUGAUGUGUUCAAGGCAGAGAUGAAAACUGAAUUAUAAUGCCUUAUUUACAAGACUGUAACUGGAAAUAAGGUAGGUAAAUCUUAAGGGUGAUGAUAAGUUACAUAGUAAAAGUGAACAGCCAGCAAACCAAAAUGAAUUUUAUUUGUUGUAACCGGAUCGUAUCCAGAAAUUAUUCUGUGGUGCUAUCCCAGGAAUAGUUCCAGGUGUUGGAAAACCUAGAGUAUAAAUAGACAGGACCAUGUAAAGAUAAGGGAGACAAAAAAGAGCAAAAAACAGAAACAACUUGUCCAGGACUGUAAGGAAAAACAACAACAGGACCAAGACUAGAAAUUACAAUUCUCAAGUUUCCCAAUCUGUGGCUUUCUCCAUAAACCUCUGGGGCUUUAUUCUUUUUUUUUUUUUUUUUUUUUAAAUUAGGAGCACACAGAUCUCUCCACACUCCCAGAUGUCAUUGUGCUGCACAGAAUAGUCACUCUUUUAUCACCAGUGAGGUUUUCUGGACAGCAAUAUUCAAUUUUCAUUAGCUCAGAUGCUGUGGUAUGUUUGGCUAUCACAGGAUGCAAAUGGCUUGGAUAUCAAUGUUUUAACAUCUUUGCAUUUUCUGGCAAUUUGUCAUUGGAAAUUAAUGAGUUUUACUAGAACCCUUGUGCUGGUGCCCCACAUUUGUGCAGCCCAGGUGUCAAAACAAGGUGUCUGUUGGAUUUAGGGUCUACACCUGAAUUUUGCCACCUAGAAGCAGCUCCCUCAGUCAUCUGAGCUCUCUCUGGCUCAGGGAGGAGACAUGACUUAAAGGUUAAGUAGGUUUCUGUAGAUCUUAGCUCAGGAACCCCACAUGAAUGGCUUCAGCACAGGUCUUUAACGAAACACUCCUUUUAUUCUCUUGUCUUACCCUAAAGUACAACUUAGGGUCACUUUCUUCAAUACAGUGUGCAGAGCAAUGCUGGAUAAUGAACCCUCACUGUGGUUGAUAAAAUGAGUUGUUUACUAAUCAGCUGUGGCAGCCCAGCAUUAAUUAAAACACAGUAGUAGUGGUUAGCACAGACUUAUGCACACUGUCACAAUGGAUCAUGAUUUCUGAAUUUCUAAUGGUUUUCUAAACCAUGACUUUAAAACCUGGACCAGAUUUGAUACAUGCUCUGGAAGCAGCAGUGACUACCAGCUUCAGGGGGCUUCAGUUUCCUCUGUGGGUUUCUCAGAAAACUAAAAACUGACUCAACUCUUUCUUCCAAAGGAAAGCUCAGAUUCCCAUGGUAUCACAAGAUUCCAAGAGCAGGAGAUUUAGCAAAACCAUUCAUGCCCACCACAUAAAAUAGCAAACACUUGUGAUCCUGCUUAUCUCUGAGAAUCAGCAUCAAGAGAGUCACCCAGUGUCUGGCAGUCUAGGACACGACUUUGGGUCAGUCCAAAGCUCAAUGGUCUCAUGAUUAUCUUCUUAACGCUGUUACAAGGGACACCAACACAAUUCACAUUAAAUGUAAGUGUAGCAUUAUCAACAAAUGCUGAGUACCUGCCAAGAUCUUGCCCUGGUGGAAUAAAUAAUCUCAUAUCAUCAGCAACAAAUCUAAUCUCUCCUCUCUCAGUGUUUUAAUGCUUUUCUUGCUUAACUACAGAUACUAUAUUAACAUGCACUGCCACUUGGAGAACCAGUCAGUAAGCUGGGACAGAAGGUAUUUUAUAUUUAAUGACUGAAGUGGUUUCUCUUCGAUCCCUAGAGCUGUUGAAUAAUGCAAUAAGUCUUCUGGCAAUAAAUGAUGAACAUGAUUUAUGAUAACUAUGCUUUAUACAGGUGUCCAAAAUCUGCUUUGUUGAACUUCUCUUCCCAUUCCUCUAAGCUCCACUGUAAUUUAGGAACACCCAAGGUACAGAAUUGUAUAUUUAUCUAAGUUCUUCAGUAUACAAUUGUGGAGAAAGAGAGAAUGGAAAGAGGGAGAACUUAAUCUAUGUUUAGUGCAUUGAUUAGUCAAGUGAUAUGACUCAGUCAUUACCAUAUACCACUGUUAGGGAGGAAUUUCCCAUCAUAUAUUUAUGUUAGAGAAACCAAAGUAUCAAGGUUAUUAUCUCAGCUUAAGUGUUACCAUGCCAAACUUUGUUUAGUACCGUAUUUCUGUAUUAUAUCCAAAAAUUGUAUGGUCCUGUCAUAUCUCUGAAGUGAUCAAUGUUCCAUGGAGCGUGCUAAAACCCAGCUUCAAUUUAAACAUGUUUCAGCUUAACUGAAGCAGAAAGCUAAUUUGCUGAAGUUCGAAAUCAUAGGGUGUGGGGGGGUGUGUGUGUGGGUGGGUGUGUGUGUGCACAUUUACAUGUGUAUGUUGUCUGUGUUCUGCCCCAACCCAAAUUCAGCCUUUUCUAUGACUAACAUUUCAGGAGGCACCUUAAUCUAGCUAAAGGCAGAGAGGUCUUUGCAAUAAGUAGGCAAUACUUUCCUUCUAUAGGACUGAUUAACCAUCCUGCAGAUCAUGCUCACACAGAAAUUCAAACUGCAUAUUUGUCAGUUUUCAGUUCAAAUGUAUUUCAGAUUUUUUUCCUGUUCUGCCUCCUGCUUUUGUGAACUGUUUUGAAGAGUGUAAUAAAAAGAUGCUUUCUAAUAUUAUUUUAUCAAAAUAUUUUUGUAGCAUAAUAUAUUAAUAAAAUGUUAUUAUAAAUCCAUAGCACAAUAAUCUUGUGUGACUUGAUUCUUUCCUUUGCACUAAAAGCUAGGGAAUCACUGAAAAACAAGAACAUUCUGUUUGUGGGGCUUAGGCAUGCUGCUUCUUUUAUGCCCAACGCCAACAUGGGAUGAAACAUGGAGAAAGCAGAACCAACUCUUUCUUUCUAACUACUCCCUUCCCUCACUACUAAAUCCAUUUGCCUGGGUACUGUGAAGCAGCACUGCAACCCAUGGAGCUACACCAGCAGCACCAGUUCC